UUCGCGAUUGCAUCGCCCGAGUUCAUGCCUUCCAACGCCGGCAUAAACCAUUCAGUCUUCCCUAUGUCCACUAGGAACAGUCCUCUCUAUUGAGACCCUUGCUCAUCCCGAUCCUCUCGAUCUUCCCCUGCUUCUCUCUACCAAUACCUACGAAUGACUAUCUAGUCUCGUCGUCCCUAAAUUCCUCCAGGAACCAACUCCGUCACACCGACCGUGAAAGAGAAAAACCGAGCUUCUUUCUACGAUAGCCUAACUAUUACAAUACCGCAAACAUGGCGCUCGUUAACGUUCGUCGUGAUGUCACCGAUGCCUUCUAUCGCUACAAGAUGGAAAAGAUUCAAACCAAGAUUGAAGGCAAAGGCAACGGUAUCAAGACUGUCGUCGUCAAUCUAAGCAGCGUCGCCGCGUCCCUCGCUCGCCCUGGAUCUUACGUCAUCAAGUUCUUUGGCUUUGAACUUGGUGCUCAGACCAACAUCGAUCCUCCCGAUGACCGCUGGAUCAUCAAUGGUGCUCAUGAUGCUAGUAAGCUUCAGGAUCAACUUGAUGGCUUCAUCAACAAGUUUGUUCUCUGCAAAAAAUGCAAGAACCCUGAAACCGAUGUUGUCAUCAAAGAUGGCCACAUUGUUCUCGAUUGCAAAGCCUGCGGUCAGCGCACCGAUGUUGAUCUUCGCCUGAAGCUGAGCGGCUUCAUUUUGAAGAACCAGCCCAAGAAGGGCGCUAAGAAAGACAAGGCCGAACGCAAGGCCGCUCGCAAAGCUAAGCAGCAAGCCCUCCAGAAUGGUAACAAGGAGAAUGGCCAAGGAAGCGGUGGCGAGAACUCCGAAAACGGUUCCAACAGAAGCAGCGAGAAGAACGACGAUUUGGAUGACGUUGGUAGCGAUGACGAGUUUACUCGGAGGAUCAACGCUGACGCCCAGGUCAUCGACGCCCCCGCUGUAGUUAAAGACGAUGACUGGGCUGUCGACAUGUCCGAGAAGGCUGUCAAGGCUCGUCAGAGCCAGCUCCCAAGUGAAUUCCGCCAGAAACUUGUUCUCGGUGAUGACGAUGAGGACGGAGAGGGCGGUGGCCACACUGUCUAUGACACCAUGGGUGACUGGAUUCAGGAAGAAGCCGGCAAGGCUGGUAGUAUCAACAAGGUCGAUGACAUUCAAAUCUAUGUCAAAGCUAAGGAGCUUGGAAUCGAAACCAAGCACAAGACCAUUCUGGUCCUCGUGCAGACCCUAUUUGAUGAGAACAUCAUCACUCAGAUUCCCAGGCGUGCUGCUAUGUUGAAGCAGAUGAUCACCACCGACCGUCACGAGAAGGCUUUCCUCGGUGGCAUUGAACGUCUCCUAGCCACUCAAGGCAAAGAACACCCCGAGUUGAUGACUAGUGACAAGAUUGUGAAGAUUCUUCAUCAGGUCUACGACAAGGAUCUAGUUAGCGAGGAGACCAUCCAGAACUGGGGAACCAAAGCCAGCAAGAAGUAUGUCGACCUCGCUACUUCGAAGAAGAUUCGUCGUGCGGCCGAGCCCUUCCUCAAGUGGUUGGAAGAGGCCGAGGAAGAUUCGGAUGAUGAGUAAACAAUUAAUCUCAAGUACACGAGUUUAUGCUCGCCAUGGUUAUGGUUGAGUCUCCUUGAGUAAUUCUGGUUUAACUUUGCUUUCAAUUCUUCGCGCUUAUUUUCACUCCUUU